CCUGCCCGGUUGCCUAAAUUAAAUAAUUUCCUGGGAAAGACUUACCAAGUUUGGGUGAACAGGGCUUCUUGAGUGUCUUCCAUCCCUUCUUUCUUAUAUUCGCUUUGUUCAUUUUUUUCUUCUUCCGUCUCAGCUUUCGUGUCCGUGCCUGCUCAUGUUGCAGUCGCUGGUCGUUCUGUAACCAUUGCUAUUCCCGUUGACUCGAUGACCACCUCUCGUGCGCAGCAGCCUCAAGUGAACUUGAAGGAGCGUAUUGCCGCUCUUCAACAGCGGAAUGUCUCCCAAACACAGAGACCUUCGGUGUACCUUCCUUAUCAGCAAACCAGUCUAUACCCUCGAGCAGCGGUCUCCGGGAUAAAAUCGCGAAAUUCGAACAGAAAGGAGGGAAUUCCUGUACCUAGAGGGAGUUUUGGUUUAGGUGCGCCUCCGACUGCAGAGAAUGGGCAGACAAGGAAGAGGGGUGAGUUGUAUGGGAACCGCAUUCCUUCCGCUGUGCGAGUAGCCAGUGGAAGUAGCGCGCCUCCUAUGAGUCGUUCGACGUCGCCUCUCUUCUUUUCUGGAGGAAGAAAAAUUUCGCUGUCAGGACUGGAUUACGAUGACUUUUCGGAUACUGCGGAUUCACCCAGGGACAGUCAAGCCUUUCGCUCUUUGUCCCCUUCACCUGUUCCAGAUGAUAUACUUGAAAACUCGCGAGCUUUUGGAUCCAAAUCGCGGAGUACAGUCAUUUGCGGCUGCACUUGACAUAGCUCGUCGAGCGGAGGCUUCAUCUGAGCUCAAUGGUAGAGGUGAUACGCAUUCCCGUGAAUGUUCUCUUUCGCCACCCGUGUCUCCCGUACCGGGAACAUCGUUUUCUUCACA